AUGCAACCCUUCUCCGUCUUCGUGCGAUGGCGCCACGCAUUCACGCAGACCUUCGAAGCAACUGCCACCAAUCGCACCGUCUUCGAAUCCGUGAUCGCGCCCAUCUUGCCCCUAGUCCUGAACGGCGGAACCAGCAAUGUCUUCGCCUACGGCCACUCCGGCAGCGGCAAAUCCCACACCAUCAUCGGCUACGACUUCGAGCAUACCGGGCAGUACGGACUCUGUCUCGCAGCAGCGCAGCACUUACUCGACGCCCUGCACACCCUCAAUCUCAACACCAAAACCAUCGACAAGACAUCCCACCUCGGCCUCGGCCUCCGCAUGUACGAGCUCCGCGGCAACGAAGCCUUUGACCUCCUCAACAGCCACAUCAAAUGCCACAUCCGCGAAGGCGGGGACGGGAAGACGCACCUCCGGGGGGAGACGGAGGUGCUGGAGCACGGCCGCGUGCGGGUACGGCCCAUUGCCACGAAAGCGUGCUGGAGCUUGGAUGACUUCCUCGCGCAUUUCCGUGGGGGCUUGGCGCGGCACGCCACGGGGACUUCGACGGUGCAUGAUCUGAGUUCGCGGACGCAUGCCGUGCUGGAGGUCGAGGAUGUGUCGCGGGCGCUGCUGGCGGCCAGGGAGGCAGUCGUGGGGCGCGAGUCGGAGUUUGUGCCUGUUGCGAAGCGGGCGACGGAUGUCUAUCUUGAGGAGACGAUGAAGGGGUUGGUGAAGGAUGAGACGGGGAAGUACGUCCCUAAUCCUGAUUAUCGGGUGGACCAGACGAGGAUUGAUGAGGCGGAAGCUAGAAAGGCGGAGUUCUUGGGGUAUGUGGAGGAUGCAGUGAGAACGGUGGAGGAGGUGAUGAGGAAGGCGGGGCAUGUCUGUCUGGGGGGUAAGUUGGUGUUGGUGGAUUUGGCGGGGUCGGAGUUUUACCAUGAUAAGAAUACUACGACGGUGCCACAGUUAAAACCGUCCCCCAAGGAGCAGCGCGAGGGCAGGCAGAUUAAUUCGGAUCUGCUCGCGCUGAAGGAGGUGAUUCGUGCCAGGGCCGCGAGGGCCGCGAGGAUACCAUAUCGGUCUUCGCCGCUUACAAUGGUGCUGAGGGAGCAUUUUCAGGGGACGGCGGGUGGGGAUGAGAAGGGCUGUUCUUGUUCGAGGAUGAUUUUGACGGUUUCGCCGGCUUUGGGUCAGGCGGCGGCCACGACCAAUACGUUGAAGUAUGGGAAGUUUGGGUGGGAUGGUGGAUCUUGGUAA